AUGAUCCCCGCCCCCAUCGAGUCCUCCAGUCUCCCUUCACUCUCCACUCUGCUUAGGCGACCCGACACGGCCAACACCCAGUCAUCCAUUGCCCCGGCACACACUCCAGCACUCUCCAACCCCCGCCAGUCCACCGGUAGCAGCUGCUCGCCUUCUUCUUCUCCACGCACACCACGCAGCAUCAACAUGGACGGUCCAAGCCCCAACUUUGGUCCCAUGGGCGUCAACGGCAGCCAAGGUGGCAUGAUGCAGGAUGGCAAGCGCCGUCCAGCACCUCUGACCACUCUGCCUUCCCUCUCCCAGCUGCCCCGCACCGACAGCGUCCCCCUCACUCGCAAGCCCAGCGACGAGCGCCGCAACAUUGCUGCUCUCCUCAACGAGCCUCGCAGGCAUGACGACUAUUUCUCGCACCAGCCCCAGUCGCACGCACCUCCGCACACUCCCCCACACUACCAGCAGCAGCACCCUCACCACCACCAGCCUCCACCUCACCACCACCCUCACGCCAUGCACCACGAUCCCAUGGGCGUGCCCCCCGGACCCCCCUCUGCGCCGCUUGUCCACCCCGAUGCUCGCUACUAUGCUCCGGAGCGUUACGACUACCGUCCACCGACAGCGCCUCACCCACACCCAUACGGCCGCCCCGAGGCAAGCCGCCGCCACACUUCGGCAUACCACACCGUCGAGUACCCACCAUAUUACGACAUUCCUCAGUACCCACCAGGCCUGGUGGGUAUGCCGUUUGACGCCAACAUGGGCGCCCGUGCACCCAUCUCCCGCACAACCAAGGCAUGCGAUGCAUGCCGCGCGCGCAAGGUUCGCUGUGAUGCUGGCGGCCACCCUGGCUCGACCGGCACCUGCUCGCGCUGCCGCGAGUCUGGUCGUGUGUGCGUCUACACGGCCACCCAAAAGAAGCGCGGUCCUUGCCCUGGUCGUCCUGCCACCAGCCGUGUGGCCACAUCGACUGCUGCUGCCAACGCUGCCUCGUCGGCGGCAGCAGCCGCCAAUGCUGGCCGUCGCGGCAGCUUGGAAUCGGCACGCGACCGCCGCACCUGGUCGGCAGGCCACGGACCCGUUGGGGUGCCAACGUCGGCCCCGCCACACCAACAGGAGUGGCCGUACUCGUACCCGCCAUCGGCGCAGUACGAGGCUGAGGUCCGCCACCACCCCUACCGCGUGUCUCCUGGUGCUGGGUCGGGCCCGCGCACGGCCCCGCUCGUCGUCGAGCGUGAGCGUGGCCCCGGCGGAUGGGACGCCGAGCCCCGCCACGCCCCGGCCUUUGACGCGGGCUACUUGCUCCGCCCACACCCCAGCGCCGGCUGGCCCACCCACAGGCGUGGAUCGUACGCGUACGCACCCGAGUACCGUCGUAGCAUCUCGCCUCAGCCGGUCCGCCUUGCUCCCUUGAGGCGAGAGUAG